AUGCUCGGCUACGACGGCGUGGAGCUCGAGGCCGGCGCGGACCUGGGUCUAGGGUGCGGCAACCCCCUGAUUGCGGCGAACCUGAAGCCCGGCGAGGUCGUCGUCGACCUCGGUUCGGGCGCGGGCGUCGACUGCUUCGCCGCCGCGAAGCUCGUGGGCCCGUCCGGCCGCGUCAUCGGCGUCGACAUGACGCCGGAGAUGCUCUCGCGCGCGCGGGCCGCCGCGGCGCCCUACGGCAACGUCGUGUCCUUCCGCCUCGGGGAGAUCGAGCAUUUGCCCGUCGGCGACGGCGCGGUCGACUGCGUCAUCUCCAACUGCGUCAUCAACCUGAGCCCGGACAAGCCCGCGGUCUACCGCGAGAUGAACCGCGUGCUGGCGCCCGGCGGCCGCGUGUCCAUCAGCGACGUGCUCCGCACGUCGGACAUCCCGGAGGCGCUCAAGACCGCGGAGGCGUUCGCGUGCUGAGUCGCGGGCGCGUCCGCCGAGGACGAGAUCGAGGCCAUGCUCGUCGCCGCGGGCUUCGUCGACGUCAAGAUCGCCGUCAAAGAGAACGGCCGCGACAUCGUCAAGGGCUGGAUCCCCGGCAGCGGCGCCGAGAAGUACGUCACGUCCGCCUACGUCACGGCCACCAAGCCCCGGUCGACGCACGGCUUCCGCGACGCGGUGCUGUACGGCCUCGGCGCGCCGCCGGCGCCGCCGGCGUCCGCCGGCGGCUGCUGCCCGCCGCCCGCGGCCGCGGCCUGCUGCCCGCCGCCCGCGGCCGCCGCGGCCGCCGCGCCGCCGGCCGCGGCCUGCUGCCCGCCUCCGAGCGGCGGCGGGUCCGCGAAGCCGGCCGCGUGA